GCCUUUUGGCCUUUAUUGCGAAAUUACAGGACACGACACCGGAAGUGAUUUAUGCUCUUACUGUUUGUAGCAUUUUGGACAAUUAUUGCACAAUUUCUUAUGAACUUACCUUAAUAAUUUCACUUCUAAGCAGCUAAUAUGCGAAAUUAUAGUGCGAGCGCUACAGAAACGAUUUAGCCAACGUAUUGGAGUUUAUUUAGCUUAACAUAUUUAACUAUAAAUCGAUAAGUUUAUUAGUACGUUAGCAUACAUUCAUGGUUAGCAUACAUCCAGAGCAUACAUCAUGGAGAGGAGGAGCUAGCUAACAUUACCAUGCGCUUAACUCAGAGGUAAUAUAAAGUCUUUACUGCUCACUCACAUAAGCGAGCACCAAGUGACAGAUGAGUGUGAUAUUCUCUUUGUAAAUUAGUUGUACUUCAUAAUGUCUGCCCUCUAUCGAUGUGUUCAGUUCAGCCGUGUUUCUAUGUUAAAAGCAGUUUCGAUACAGGUUAUGAGAUUUGGAUAUAAUGUACCUCCUCCACAGUGGAAGACACAUGAAAGCCUUCUGCGAGUUGAAAACACAGCCAUAAUACAGACAACAAGGAACCAAAGUAGUAUGGCUAAUAAUUCAAGGAAGCUCAGUUUUUCUUGUUCAAGGGGCCUGUCAAGUUCAACUGAGAACGCAGCAGAUCGAGUGAAGAGGGUUUCUAUCGAGGGCAACAUUGCUGUUGGAAAGUCAACCUUUACAAGACUCUUGCAGGCAGCUUGUCCUGACUGGGAGGUGGUGGCAGAACCGGUCAGCAAGUGGCAGAACAUUGAAAGUGGGACCUCGAAGGGGACAGACGUAUCCCCCCAGACGACAGUCAGCAACCUGCUGCAGAUGAUGUACCAGGACCCACAGCGUUGGUCGUACACAUUUCAGACAUUUUCCUGUAUGAGCCGGCUGAGAACGCAGCUGCAGCCUCCUCCAGCUCGCCUGCUCAGCUCAGAGGGAACACCUCUCCAGGUGUACGAGCGCUCCGUCUAUAGCGACAGAUACAUCUUUGCCCUGAACAUGUUUGAGCUGGGUUGUAUCAACUCUACAGAGUGGGCAGUCUACCAGGACUGGCACUCUCUCCUGGUGGAGCAGUUUGGACACCAGGUGGAGCUGGAGGGCAUCAUUUACCUCAGAGCCCCACCAAAGAAAUGUAAGGAGCGCCUCGAGCGUCGGGGCCGGGCAGAAGAGAAAGGAGUGGAACUGGACUAUCUGGAUAAGCUGCACAUUCAACAUGAGAGGUGGCUUGUUGAAAAGAGCACUGAGAUACAUUUUGAGAAGUUGAAACACAUACCUGUGUUACAACUCGAUGCCAGUGUUGAGUUUCAGAGUGACCCAGAGGUGCAGGAGGAAUACAUAACAAAGGUGAAGAAUUUCUUCAGUGCUUUGUGAGUCUGUUAACAUCUGCAGGGGAAACCGAUGAGACCAGUCAGACCUCAGUCAGUCGCCUGUGUUAGCUGACACAUAACUGCACAUGAGCCUCUCAUAGAGUGAAGGAAAUAUAAAGUAAUAUAAAAAGUUAAGCUACAGGACGUACUGGUACAUGAAACAGACACAGACUGAGUUUUGUCUGUGUACAAAUGUGUUAUCUCCAAAGAGACUUUUAGAUUGUUACAGCUUUUUGUUGUUGGCAUGUUUUUUGUUUUGAGAUUCACUGGGUAGUUAAAGCUACUUCUUAUACUGUGCUGUUAAUUCCAUUUAAAUUAAAAAUGUAGAAAUAUAAUGGAAUGUAAAAACUGUGCUGUCACUACUAUGACCAUUUGGAAACUUGUUUACUGAGCAUCAUAACGUUUUUGUGUAUGUUACUGUUUCACACAUUCCUGAUAAUAAAUAAAAACCUUUGAAAAAAAA